GUUCGUUACUGUCGAGAGCGAAAUCUGUUAGUCAACGACGUGGAUCGUUUGUGAACAAUAUAGUGGUACUUUUUAAUAUACUCCACUAAGGAAGACCAUGUUGCGAAUUUUAAUGAUUUCAUUUAUCUGCACGUUGGAUUUACUGAGUGCUCGUCCUAUGGAGGAACCGACAAAAUUCACUCUUGGCAACAUACAAAAUAAUACCGAAAACGCCGUACCCUCAAAACUGAAAACAACAGAGCAAAUAAAUAGCGAAUUUCGAAGUAGUCUUGACCCGUCAAUUGUUAAAUCUGACAAACCUCAAAAUCGCAGAUCAAUACUACCUAUACAAAAUACCACGCCAAUAGGUUUAUUCCAACCAAUACCGCAAGAAGUAAUUCGUUUAGAAAAUGAGACCGCCCAAGCUAUUUUAGAAAAACGAAAACCUGACAACAUCAGGCAAUUUUUGGAUACCUUCUUGACACCAAAGCCACUCGUUGAUCGAAUUAAGGAUGAAGAAAAAUAUGGUAAUAGGGGAGACAAAUAUAUUGAAAUCGGAAAGGCUUUCAUUAACGGUUAUGAGAAUUUCAGCAAUUUUUUGAAUAACUUAGUGGAG